AUGGUGCGUCCUUGUUCCUGCUCUCGCUUCAUUGCAGAAGCUGAUGUCAUGCGAAGCAGGCAGAUGUUGCAAAGACGGCUGAAAUCGCCUGUGGGAUGCAACAAGAGGCGACUUGCCACGUCAUCGGCGAACAACGGUGCUCACUCUACCGCCCGCCCCCUCCUUCUCCCCUCUCAAUCCAUCCCUCGACCCGCGCACAAUCUGCUUCGGCCGUCCCUGCGCUCGCGCAACCACAUGACGCAGUCGCCAACACCCGGCAGCGGCUACUCGCUCCCUUCGAUCGUCUCAUCCAUCAACUCCUCUCUUGAAACAUCGCCUGCGCAAGCGUUCUUGAAGUACUCUGAUGCCUCACCUACGCCCUUUCAUGCGACUGCCGUGAGCGCUGCCUUGCUCGAAAAGGACGGUUUCGUGCGGCUGAAAGAGCAGGACGCAUGGGACGGGAAGAUCGAAGCGGGCGGAAAGUACUUGUGAGCAUAGACAACCGCGUGCGGCGUGAAGACUAUCUCUAAAUUUGGUCCCGACUGACACAACCUCCCUAAAACGCUUUUCAUCGUAGCUUCACACGCAAUCAAAGCGCCAUCGUGGCCUUUGGUGUCGGCAAGCAGUUCCAGCCUGGCGUGUCCGGAGUUCAUCUCGUGGGCGCCCAUACCGAUUCGCCCAACUUUCACAUCAAACCCGUCAGCAAGCGCACCAAGGAAGGCUACCUGCAAUGCGGGGUGGAGACGUAUGGCGGGGGCCUGUGGUCCACCUGGUUCGACAGGGAUCUUUCCUUGGCUGGAAGAGUCAUCGUCGCUACGACUGCUUCACAAAAUGCCUUCCAGAGCAGACUGGUCAAGGUGGACAGGACUCUCCUUCGCAUCCCCACACUUGCGAUUCACCUCAAUAGAAGCGCAAACGAUGCUUUCAAGUUCAACCAAGAGACCGAAAUGGUUCCCAUCCUAGGACUUGCGGACAAGGCCAAAGAGGCACUCAAUGCUCCUGCAACAACGGACGAAGAUGGUAUUACAGGAGAGCCAAGAAUGCAAGAAAAGCAUCACUCGAUGCUCUUGGAACUGCUGGCUGGCGAGCUAGGGGUGCAGGUGGAGCAGAUUCAGGAUUUCGAGCUGAGCUUGUACGAUACGCAGAAAGCUACGAUUGGUGAGUCCCGAUAAGUGCUGCUACUGGUUGACCGGCCAACUCUUCCUGUGCAACUCUAACACGUUCGGUCUGAUGCGCCACGUAGGUGGCCUCAAUGACGAGUUCAUACACGCUGCAAGGCUGGAUAAUCAGAGUGAGUGUCAACACGCAUCGAAGCUUGGCGCUGCGCAGGCAUUUGCUGAUGCUGCAAUUUGAUCACUCCGCUCCGACAGUGUCCUGCUUCUGCGCUACGACGGCGCUGAUUGAGGCUACGCGCGGAGGAUCGCUGUCCAACUCUUCCUCUAUUCAAGCUAUUGCGCUCUUCGACAAUGAGGAGGUGGGAUCAGUAUCGACGCACGGAGCCGAGUCGAACAUGUUGAGCUCCACAGUUCGAAGAUUAGGAAGCAUGUCCAUUCUGGGCCUGGAGUCGAUCAAGAACGACGAUCAUUUGCAUCCCACCAAUUACGAGCGGUCAAUCUCGAAAUCAUUCCUCAUCAGCUCGGACAUGGCGCACGGUUUCCAUCCCAACUAUUCUUCCUUCUACGAGGACAAUCACAGACCGAAGAUUAAUGGAGGGGUGGUGAUCAAGACGAACGCAAAACAACGCUACGCUUCUACUGCACCCACCACCUUUCUGAUACGAAGAAUUGCGAAAUUGGCCAGUGUGCCAUUGCAAGAGUUUGAAGUGAGAAACGAUAUGCCAUGCGGAAGCACCAUUGGACCUAUGAUGAGCAAAACGGGAAUCAGGACGGUAGACCUUGGCAGCCCCCAACUUUCUAUGCACUCCAUCAGGGAAACUUCAGGGACCAAGGACGUAAAGUACAAGAUUGACCUCUUUGCUGCAUUCUUUAGGGACUUUGACAAAGUCGACAGUGAACUUGUGGUCGAUUGA